AUGGGCCGUGCAUGGCUGAUCAGGGGAGAAAACGGCUUGGAUGGCAUGGAGACAGUUGGAGACACAGAGAUACUUCUAGAUCAGACUUGGCUGUUGUUGUGUGAGCAUCCAGACUUCAAAAUGGAGUAUGACAAGAAUGGGCUACUCCUUAAUGCCAUCCUCUUCCUGGUCUUGUUUGGUGACUUAGCACUGUCAUGUCCAACAAACUGCAAGUUUUGCUCCACUGGCCUAGCAGAAUGCACACAGAUCUCAUCUCUGGAGGAAGUUUUAACUGCCUUACCAACCCAGACCGAGAAGGUAUUAUUUCGCAAAGGAACGGCAAGUCACAUUCCGAGUGAAGCCUUUCAAAACUUUUCCAACUUGAAUGUCUUGUCUAUAACUGAAUUUCCUAUUUCAUCUCUGAAAAACCACACUUUUCUGAUGAGAGAUUCUGAAAGAUUCCAAUUUCUGGAUCUCAGCAGCAACCAGUUAACAAGUUGUGGAGUGGAGGCGUCAUCUUUCACAGGGCUGAAAAACCUCACUGACUUUACAUUGACCAACAACAAACUGGACAAUCUGAAAAAAUCAUGGUUCUUUGAUAUGUGGCAACUUCAGAAGCUCAAUUUGGCCUUCAAUUUUAUUUCGUACCUACCACCUCACACUUUUGACAAUUUAUGGAAGCUGCAGAAGCUCAAUUUAAGCUCAAAUGGCAUCCUGUAUAUAUCUACUGGUUCAUUCUUUGGUCUUCUGAGUUUGACUGACUUGGAUCUGUCAAGUAAUGACAUGGUAUUUAUUAACACAGAUGCAUUUGAACCUCUUGUGUCUGUGAAGCACAUUGAUGUCUCUCACAACAGACUAAAGACGCUGCCUGACUUUCCCAAGCUUGUAGCUUCUCUGCUGCUUCAAAAUAACUCCUGGCACUGUAGCUGCCAGUUUGUGCAAUUACUGGAAAGACUUAAGGAUAAAUUGAAAGAUUCCAGAACUGUCACCUGCAGCAGCCCCGAAGAGGCAAACGACAGUCCAGCACUGAUGGCUUAUGCCAUGGUCUGCAGCUCAAAUACAACUGAUGAAGUGCUUCCAACCAUCACAUCUGGACCCAGAGAGAGCAGCUCCUCAUGGAUCUAUGGAUUUAUAGGUGGACUCUUACUGGGGUUUAUUUUAUUCAUGAUUCUGUGGCUGAUAAGAAAGGUUAUAAAGCAGGGAAUUCUUAAGAACCCUGCAAUUCAAGGUAUUGAGUCAGGGAGUAUAAGAGAUAAGAAAUCAUCAAUAAGGCUAUCAGUCACUCAACAUGACCCGUUUUCAGCUUCGCCAAACCUGGGGUUUGGGCUUCGUCAGGGAGAUCAGGAUGAUAUGAAGACACCCCAGCCUGUGGUCAAUCUAGAUGAUGUUCCACAAAACCCUUCAAACAACGAGACAGAUACCGUAGGGAGGAUUCGCCUGUGUAAGACUGCCCCCAGUCUUCUUCCUGCUCCAGACGUCUUCACGUCCUCCUCAUGGUCCAAAGGGGGACUUGAUGCCAUCAAAUUGCGAGAUUCACUGAAGUAUUUUGAGACUGAUCAGGUUGACCAAGUCACACUUCCACCAAAGGAGAUGACUGUCCACACUGAAGUCUUUAACUUGCCCAGAGGAGACUACUAUAACUCAGCCAGUGCCACUGUCAACCUAGAAAAUCCUGGUGAGAUGUUUGUGAAGUAUUCUACUGCCAGAAGAAGCAAAACCUGGAGCAAUCUAUGUCUCAAUAGCUCUAGUCCAUCUUCGGUUGAUCACCAAAGCACCAAAUGCACGACAGCCCUCACCAACCUCUCUGGAUUUACCAGUAUUAAGGCUACUGGGCCUAUGACUGAAGUACACACUAAAAAGACAGGGGAAGGCCCAGGCAUUCUAGAGGAAGGACCAAGGAAGACUGGGUUUGGUCUAAUUCAAGACUCUGAUGAUAGCUUCUCAACAAAGAUUGAUAGCUGCUUCUCUAAUGAUGCCUUUGAAGACAAUGUGUGGUGCUACAAGACUCAGAAAAACAAUAUCCAGGAACCAGGAGAAGAGAACACACAUGCUUCUGAAUCUUCAGACUCAUCUUUUCUGUCAAGCUUAGCAAAGUCAUCCUGGGCAGAGAAAGACCAUCAUCACCCUCAUGAUCUAGAAGGUACCAUGUGGCAAAACUCAAAUGAGCUUGGGUUUGCUCAACCAAAUAACAAUGCCAGUCCCAGUGGUUUAUUUAAGGUUGAAAACAGUGAGAGUUCUAGCACAGACCAAUUCCAUAGGCACUUCCAAAUGACAAGGCAUUCUAGUAACAAGCAGAAGGUAGAAGGGAGCACCUGGACAGGUGAAUUAUUGACAAGGGAGAGGUUUUGGAAAUAUCACACAAACUGUUGUGAUGAGUACAGGCCAUGCCCAACUGCUAGGAAAGUGAUUAAAAGACUUAGGAAUGCCAAGGUGAUUGAGUCUGAAGGUGCCGAUGACAUUACCAGGCCUCCAUGUGACCUUGAGCUUCUGAAAAAUAAUGAGGUGUUAGAAAUGAAUCUCUUAGUGAAAUUGCAGGAGAGGGAAGAAAGAAAGCGGAGAGCCUUAACUCCCUGGAAGUGA